AUGACGAGCAAUUAUAACAAGUAUAUAAAUUUUCGUGCUUGGAUGUACAAGAGGAUUGAUGAAGAAACGGGGAAUUUCUCGAGAGAGUUUGUCGCGGGGGUAGAAGAAUUCAUGACGUUUGCAAAUAGUCAGGAAUUAAAGCAGAGCAAUGGUGGUAAGUUCUUUUGCCCUUGUAGUAUUUGCAGAAACGAAAAAUUUCUCUCGGGGCAAAAAAUCUUGAAACAUAUAUAUAGUAGAGGAUUUAUGGAAGAUUAUUAUGUUUGGUACAACCAUGGAGAAGAAAUCGACAUGGGAUUAGGAACGAGUUAUGUUGAUCCGACGCAUUUAAGUGGUAGUGAAGAAGUUGGUAAUUUAGUAGAAGAUAGAUAUGUGGAAAUGGUGAAUGAUGCAUUUCGUGAUAAUUUGAAUUAUGAUAAUUAUCAACAGGAUGAUAGUUAUCAAAAUGUUGUAGAUCCGGUUUCGAACCAUUCAAAAAAAUUCUACGAUUUGUUAGAAGGAGCAAAAAAUCCUUUGUAUGAUGGUUGUCACGAAGGUCACUCGCAGUUAUCCUUAGCUGCUCGAGUUUUACAAAAUAAGACAGAUUAUAAUAUGAGUGAAAAAUGUGUGGAUUCGGUAUGCCAAAUGUUAUCAGACUAUUUACCACCUGGAAACCAAUCAACCGCUUCACAUUACGAGACAGAAAGGUUGAUGCGCAAUUUGGGCCUCCCCUACAACACAAUUGAUGUAUGUGUUAACAAUUGUAUGAUCUUCUGGAAAGAAGAUGAAAGAUGGGAUAAAUGUCGAUUUUGUGAUGCACCAAGAUGGAAGCCUAGAAAUGAACGGCGUAGGACAAAAGUACCAUAUAGUCGUAUGUGGUAUCUACCUAUUGCUGACAGAUUGAAGAGAAUGUACCAGAGCAAGAAGACUGCAUCAGCAAUGAGAUGGCAUGCAGAGCACCAAGCAAAGGAGGGUGAAAUGUGUCAUCCGUCAGAUGCGGCGGAGUGGAAAUACUUUCAAGAUCAACAUCCCCGUUUUGCAGAAGAACCUCGUAAUGUUUAUCUUGGCUUAUGUACGGAUGGCUUCAAUCCAUUUGGAAUGUCUAAUAAUCAUUCGUUGUGGCCAGUGAUCUUGACUCCAUAUAAUCUACCCCCUGGUAUGUGCAUGAAGACAGAGUACUUGUUUCUCACAAUUUUGAAUUCUGGACCGAAUCACCCGCGAGCUAGUCUAGAUAUUUUCCUCAAACCUUUGAUUGAGGAGUUAAAAGAGUUAUGGUCUACUGGAGUUGAAGCAUAUGAUGUCUCCUUGAAUCAAAAUUUCAAUCUUAGAGCAGUGCUUCUGUGGACGAUAAGCGACUUUCCGGCAUAUGGCAUGCUAUCAGGAUGGACGACCCAUGGGAAGUUGUCUUGUCCAAUUUGCAUGGAAGAUUGUAAGGCUUUUUAUCUUACUAAUGGAAGGAAGACCUGUUGGUUUGAUUGUCAUCGAAGAUUACUUCCUGAUAACCAUCCACUGAGGAAGAAUAAAAAGGACUUCUUGAAAGGAAAACAAGCUUUGAAUGAUUUUCCACCUGAAUCUUUGACAGGUGAACAAGUUUAUUCGGAGCAGUUAAAUGGUGUCAAUCCACCAAAAACAUCUAAGUGCGGUGGAAAUGGUCAUGACAAGAAGAAACCUGGAUAUGGGAAACAUCAUAAUUGGCACAAGGAAAGCAUAUUCUGGGAGCUGCCGUACUGGAGGGACCUCAAUCUUCGACAUAAUCUUGAUGUGAUGCAUAUUGGGAAGAAUUUUUUUGAUAACAUCAUGAAUACUCUUAUGAAUGUGAAGGGUAAGUCGAAAGACACAAUCAAGUCAAGAUUGGAUAUAGCACUUUUCUGUGAUAGAGAACAUUUACAUGUUGAUAGCAAUGGGCAAGCUCCUUUCCCUCCCUACACAUUGGACAAGAACGCAAGAACAAGUUUAUUGGAAUGUGUGAAACAUUCGGUUAAAUUCCCAGAUGGUUAUGCUUCAGACCUAGCUAGGUGUGUUGAUCUUGAGAAUGGCAAGUUUUCAGGCAUGAAGAGUCAUGACUGCCAUGUUUUUAUGGAGAGGCUACUUCCAUUUAUAUUUGCAGAACUCCUAGACCAAAACGUCCAUCUUGCGUUAUCAGGUGUUGGAUCGAUAGUUGAAGCAUAUAUCAACCAGGAGAUAGCUUUUUUCUCGGAGCACUACUUUGCUGACAAUAUACAAACGAAAUCAAGGUUCACGAGAUUUGAUGAAGGUGAAGUCCCCGUAUAUCAUGUCGGAGGAGUACCUGAUAUAUUUACUCACCCAUUUGAGAGAGGCACUCGGCGGAGCAAUGGUGGUAUCGUUGAUGUUCUUUCAUCGAGGAAAUACUACAAAUAUGACCCAUUUAUUCUAGCUUCACAAGCAGAACAAGUUUGUUAUAUCCCGUAUCCGUAUGUAAAGAAACCAAAGCAGUUGUGGCUCAAUGUUCUUAAAGUGAAUCCGAGGAGAUUAAUCGUUGCUGGAGAAUAUGAAGACGUAGCCUCGAUUACGUUACAACAAGAAAACGAUGAUGCUGUUCUGAUGACUACAGUUGAAGACCUACAAUUUGAGCAUUUGGUACAUGCUCGAAAAGAACCAAUAAAUCUCGAUUUCGAGGUGGCAGAUGGAGAACCAAAUGACGAAUUCCGAUGUAAUUUAUCGUCUUCUGAUGAUGAUGUUUAA